GCAGGGGACGCAGCGGAAAAGGCCAGCACUGUGCCCUGCUCGCCCCACCCUCUGUGUCAACAAGGCGGGCCUCAUAAAGCCUCUGAGGCGGCCCGGGCCACAUUUCCUCCUUGGCCUAACCAGCCCCAAGCCAGGCAGCAGAGUUGGCACCAUGACGGAGCUGGAGACAGCCAUAGGCUUGAUCAUUGACGUCUUCAGCCGCUACGCAACCAGCGAGGGCAGCAAGCAGAGCCUGACCAAGGGCGAACUGAAGACGCUGAUGGAGAAGGAGCUCCCCGGGUUCCUACAGAGCGGAAAGGACAAGGAUACUGUGGACAAACUGCUCAAGGACCUGGACGCCAACGGAGACGCCGAGGUGGACUUCAACGAGUUCAUGGUGUUUGUGGCCACGCUCACUUCCGUCUGUCAUAGUUUCUUUGUGAAGGCAGGACCCGUAUGAAGCCCUGGGCUGCAGAUUCCUGGCCAGCCGGUGCGUCAGGGGCUGGGGGCGGGUCCCUGGCUUCCAGGAACACUUGCUGCCAGGGCUGAGCCUGCUGCUGGUGUCGCUCUGAUGAAUAAAUGCUUGUCAGAUGGUA